AUGGCAUCCGGAAGAAAGCACCUUCUUAAAGUAAUCAUCCUUGGCGACUCAGCGUAAUCCCUAUUCAGUGUCGGAAAAACCUCUCUCAUGAACCAGUACGUUAACAAGCGCUUCACCCAGCAAUACAAAGCUACAAUUGGUGCUGACUUCUUAACAAAGGAAAUUAUGAUCGACGACAAAUUAGUGACCCUCCAAAUUUGGGACACAGCUGGCCAGGAGCGUUUUCAAAGCCUCGGCACUGCCUUUUACCGAGGGUCUGACUGCUGCGUUCUCGUUUAUGACAUUACGUCCAGCAAAAGUUUUGAAUCUCUUGGGUCAUGGAAAGAAGAAUUUUUGUCUCAGUCCAAUGCUAAAGACGCUGAAAACUUCCCAUUCGUUGUGUUAGGGAACAAAGUAGACAAAGAAGACGAAAGAAAAGUCCCGAAUGCAAGAGCCAGCCAGUGGUGUAGAGAAAAUGGAAACAUGCCGUUCUAUGAGACAUCAGCAAAGGAUGCUGUCAACGUUGAUGAUGCAUUUAUGACAAUCGCAAGAAAUGCAUUGUCUCAGGUAAAAGCGGAAGCGUCUGAGUAUAAGCCUCCAAUCGAUUUAAGCAAGAAAAAGCCGAAAACUGAAAAAGCGACAUGCUGCUAA